UCCAACUUCCUGGGAAGAUUUGGAAUUUCCUGGUUUCUGUUGAUUCUAGACGCCCAGAAAGGCGCCCCCCAACAGAAUUCAGAGACCCAACAAUGUCUCUGUAUUCUGGAAUUGCUUGCAGGAGAAAAUUUUGUUGGAGCUAUAGGCUGUUGUCAACCUAUGUCACUAAGAUGCGGUAUUUACUGGAACUGAAAGAAGAUGAUGAUGCGUGUCAAAGAGCCCAGCAGACAGGAGCGUUUUACCUCUUUCAUAACCUCGCUCCUUUGCUUCAAAAAUCUGAACACAAAUACCAGGUGCCCCGGCAUAGCCUCGCGGAGUUGAAAAGCCUCCUGGGUAAGUUUGGACAGGAUGCACAGAGAGUAGAAGAUUCUGUAUUGAUUGGAUGCUCCGAACAGCACGAAGCAUGGUUUGCUCUGGAUCUUGUUCUAAACAGCUCCUCUUCCUUAAAUGCUUCCUUGCAGAAAUCUGAAAUGGAGACCGAGCUACAGGGCUCUUUCACCGACCUGAGAAAGGCUCUCUUUCAGCUGAAAGCGAAGGAUGCCUCCUUGCUAUCCACGGCUCAGGCCCUUCUGCGUUGGCAUGAUGCUCAUCAGUUCUGCAGCAGAAGUGGGCAUCCCACCAAGAAGAACAUGGCAGGCAGCAAACGUGUGUGCCCUUCCAACAACAUCAUCUAUUACCCACAGAUGGCUCCUGUGGUGAUCACACUGCUGUCAGACGGGACCCGAUGCCUGCUUGCCCGCCAGAGUUCCUUCCCCAAGGGAAUGUAUUCCGCCUUGGCGGGUUUCUGUGACAUGGGUGAAAGUGUGGAGGAGACUGUGCGGCGGGAAGUGGCCGAGGAAGUGGGCCUAGAGGUGGAGACACUGCACUACACUGCCUCCCAGCACUGGCCCUUCCCCAACAGCUCCCUCAUGAUCGGCUGCCACGCGACCGUGAAGCCCGGGCAGACAGAGAUCCGGGUGAACUCGAGGGAACUAGAGGCAGCUGCCUGGUUCAGUCACGAAGAAGUGGCUGCAGCUCUGAGGAGAAACAACCGAACUGCUCAGCAACAGAGUCGGGGGUUACCAUUCUGGCUGCCCCCCAAGUUAGCCAUUGCCCACCAUUUGAUUAAGGAGUGGGUGGAAAAUACAGUGUGCUUGCCUGCUUAAGCUCAGAUCAAGCUGCACAGCUUCUGCCUCAAUAUCCCAGAGAGGGGCCGGAGCCAUGGUGUGGUGGGGAGAGUGCUUGCCUUGACCCCAGUUCGAUCCCCAGCAUCCCAUAUGGUCCCCUGAGCAAUGCCAGGAAAAAUUCCUGAGUGCAGAGCCAAAGCCAGGAACAACCCCUGAGCAUCAAAGAGUGUCCCUCCCCUCUUUCCCUCCGCCCCCCCAGAGGUGCACGUGAGAUCAGCUGAUCCAGUGAAGGCAAGGAGGGCGAAUCCUACACCAGACUCCUCCAAGGCAGAGCAAGUGAAGUUGAGACACCACUUCCAGGGUCAUGGAAGAAGUUCCCAUCAGGCAAUCACAAUGCCCUGCAAAGUUGCAGAGAUGACAGUUGUCACAAUCAGAGGAAAGCCUGAAUCAUUCCUUGGAUAUAAAUAUGGCCCUUGUUACCCACUCUCUCCUAGGGCCUUCGAAUCUUUCUGAUACGUGACUCAUUGAUGGUGGGUGUACACUUGUACCCAGUAGGAUUCUGACUAUAUUAUAUAUAUAAAACCUUAGUAAUAAGAAUAUACAGCAGAUUGCAACCCAUUACCGAGUAACUUUUUCUUGUCACAGAAUUUAAAAAUAGCACUUCACAUUAAAAAUUCAACACUCAGGUACCAGGCAGUUACAUAAGACAGAUCUCUGAGUCAUUUGAAGGGAUGACGAAAAUCUUCUUCAGACGAGUAUAUUUUUUUCUUUCUUUUUUGGGGUCACACCUGGCAAUGCACAGGGGUUACUCCUGGCUCUGCACCCAGGAGUUACUCCUGGCAGUGCUCAGUGGACCAUAUGAGAUGCUGGAAAUCGAACCUGGGUUGGCCAUGCGCAAGGCAAAUGCUCUACCCGCUGUGCUAUCACUCCAGCCCCCAGACAAGUGUUAAAGUAAGGUGCAGUGGUCUGCCAAGGUGGUUGCAUCUCCCACUGCUCCUUUUUUAUGCAUCUUGUUGAUUUUGUGAUCCAGAGAAAAAACUGCCAGUUUUCCUACAUGUGUAACAGUUGCUGCCAUUUGCACACUCAAGUGUUGUGACCAGCUAAGGGAUUGUGAAGAUGAAACCCUUUCUUGAGGUUUAUGGGAUAAUCUAAAGCUAGGCUUUCUAUGUGCCAUUCAUUAUUUAUAUGUGCCAUGUCAGAGAGGAGACACUCUAUCUGGAAGAAAUAAAGUAAAAUUUGAUCACUUG